AUUAAUUAUUUAUCUGUUGUUAAAAAAAUUAUUAACAAUGGCAUCAGUAAAAGCUUCAAGCUGUGCUUUAUUUAUUGUGUCUGUUCUUCUUGGAUUUAAUUUGAUCUCAGCUCUACAACCAGGUGACACUGAGAGUGGUAUUUGCUCGUGGUAUGGAGAACCAAGUGAAGCUGGUUUAACUGCAAACGGUGAAUGGUUUGAUGGAACAGAUAUGACAGCUGCUCACAAAACAUUGCCAUUUAAUAGUGUUGUUUCGGUUGGCUAUAAUGGUCGGACAGUUAGUGUUAGAAUAAAUGAUCGAGGUCCAUUUACUCCAGGAAGAAUUCUUGAUGUUUCCAAAAGAGCAGGAACAGAUCUUGGUGUUAUUGAUAAAGGCAUUUGGGAUUGUACACUCACAGUUAUUUCGAUACCAUAAUAGAUAUU